AUGCAUGUUUUCAUAAAUAUACAUUGAGCAAGCGCGUGAUGUCAUCUCUAGGCCCAAUUAUUCUUUGCAUUUCAUAUUUCCGAAGAGAUCGAACCAGAUGAUAGGAUUAAUUUUUCUGCAAUGACCUCGGGACUUGAGAUCAGACUAUGAAGCCUGUUUGCAUAAUAAGACAAAGUACUUGAUUAACAUGUUGACAACAUUGAUAAUCUCUACACUACUUCCCAUUCAAAAUGGAUUCUGCUGGCAAAAUAUUCCACGCCUUGGCUUUUGCCUACUAUUGCUUCUCAUACUACUACUAUUGUGAGCAUGUUUACUAUCGGGUAAAUGCGUCAGAUUUUCGACCUAAGAGCUAUCAAUAUGGAGGCGACACUAAAUUUCUUACUAUGUGGUGCUGGUACUUUCAGAUUGUCUACUUCUUCUUCUGUUGUGUAGCUAAUGUGAUGGAGAUGAUGGGCAUGAAACCCCAAAAGAUGCAUACCAUGAGAGAUUGGUUUCUAUCUUCUAUUGCUUUCCCUGUAGGAAUGAUGGUGGUUAGCAUGUUUUGGAUACUCUGGUCUAUUGAUAGAAAAUUGGUCUUUCCAAAAGAGUUGGACGAGUUCUUUCCAGUUUGGCUCAACCAUGUUUUACAUACAAACGUCUUACCAAUCUUAUUAGUUGACAUGUGGUUGAUACGUCACAAACCUCCAUCUAAGUUACGUGGUGUUACAACUCUCUCACUCUUCUCGGCUCUUUACAUGGCUUGGAUAUUUUGGUUGGGAUACGGUGUUAAUAUCUGGGUGUAUCCUAUCCUUCGGGUUCUCUCUGGAAUUAAGUUUGUUUUCUUCAUUGUUUUAUGUACAACCGCACCCCUUCCAGUCUACUUUCUUGGAGAAUGGUGCAUCAAUGUCUUUCAUGGUCCAGGCGAAAGAUCAAAGAAGGUUAAAUAAACUCUACAAUGAUGACAAUCACCUCAUACCAGUAAAGAGUGCAUGGUAUUGGUUACUAUCAGCAAAUCGCUCUGCAAUUCUAUAUUUCAAGCUCAAUCUGUACAUGCUUAACGUUGUAAGCGAAAUUUUGAUUAAUUCAUUGUUAUCCUACCAUCAACUAGUUACUGAAACUGUUCACAUUUUUGUGAGUAAAACUCACCAAGUUCGUUAUACCUGUACAGGCCCUAAUGGAAACGAACUUAGGCUACUUGAUAUUUGACCAUAGUCAUUGGUAUAAGUUCCAUAGUACAUCUUCAUCAAGGGCAGUGACCGAUGCAAACCCUUACAAGAUUUGUCGGAGGGGGGGGGGGGUUAAAUUGACAAAAGAAUUACUUUAAAAUGAUCAUACUUCAUCUAACGUACCCCACCAAUUGAACGACUCUGAGAUGUAUCAGUAAUAUUAUAGGUGAAUAUUGAGUAGACCUAUCGUUGAUAAGUUUGAGCGCCCUCACUCAGGAAUUAUUUCCCUUUAAUAUAUAGGUGUCCAGUAAAUACUUCCCCGUUUCCAGACGUGUUAUGACAGUUCACGAAAAGAUCAUAAGGAUUUAUAAGGUUCUGCCAGACAAGACAGGAUAAUCACGUAAAACCAUGAAAUAGUCUUCAUUCUCUAUUGAUUAAAUAGUUUUUAAAAAGUUAAGCAACAUUUCUUCCACAUUUAGUCAAAGAAGUGCAAUAAAUAUCCUUUAUAGAAUCAGUGUUAGAUAGCGAAUCAUAUUCAUACAUUAUUGUCAAUCAGCUAUAUCACAUCAGAAAUAAUGGGAAUAUUGGAUUGGUCGAAUUGAUAUUAUCUUACCUUCUUGAUGAAAUUAGUUGUUUAAAACCUUUAAAUACGAAGAACCUAACGUAUCAAUCCUAUUUCAUUCUUGAGAAUACUCUUUACCUAAGGUGUUUUUAAGUCGAGUACCCGACGUUUAAAGAUUUGACAUUUUUACUGAGUAUGGAUAAUCUUUAGAUUCACAAAUACUCGGUCCUAGAUGACUAUUGUAUUUUUGUCUACAGGCGUUUCCCGCCACAAGCCUCAGCUUUAGGGUAUACGCCUUCUUCUUUAAACCUAACAUGUAUACAAUAUUUAUAUUCUUCAUAACAAGUUGAUUUUUGUAUGAAUUACAAUACGAAAAAUGUAAUGAAAUGGAAGAAAAUAAAUGUUUAUUUGAAUUGAAUUGACCUGACUUUAUAAUACGAUAGAACAACCUACCUCGUUAAUAAACGUUAUAACGUCUUGACAUGAUUAACUCAUACCUAUACAGAAAAAACACUGCGUAAAUAAAUAUCUAUCAAAGUCAUAAAUGGCAUUUUUGGGGUCCGAAAUGCUGGUCAUGUCUCUGGUAUUAUAAUAGUCUCUGGUAUUAUAAUAUUGUUGUUCGAUUUCAUAUUUUGCCAUCUAAUCAAGUGUUUAAUCGUAUACAGGCUAUAAUGAGGUGAUGAGUAAUAUUUUUCGAAGUGUAUCACUGUAUACCUCUAUCGCUUUCAUACUUGAGCUAAAGAAAAAUGUACUUAAUGCUAUUCCGAGUUUUCUAACCUGCAAGUUUUGAUUGUAGGCUCAAAUCCAAACUGCUAAAAAUCCGUUUUUAUCAUUGAAAAAAGUGUGUAUUUUUCAAGGCGACAUUGGAAAAACGUAUUUUUAUGCAAUAACUACGGUGAAUUAAUACAUUUCACUCUUUACUUCUCGUUUUCUUCGUGAUUUUGAAUAUACUUUGUACGAUGUAAUUUAUGAUAAAUACUGCUGUAUUGGACAAUAAAUUAUUUAAAAUGAAA